CUGUGAGCCGAGCGUGACAAUUCUUAAUGCAAGGGUCAGUACUUCCAUCUUCAAACAUCAUCAAACGAAUAGCUUUAUAAUAAUAUCCAGGAUUGAUGCUUAUCUGAUUUAACAUGCCCUCAGUUUUGAGUGAAGGUAAGUGAUGAGCCUGCUAUAUCUUUUAUUUUAACCUAGCUGUUAACAAAAUCCGCAAAGUCUAUAUUCUGGUAACUUACAAGCAACUUAGCUUACAGAAAAUUCGUUGUAACAUUGAGUAGUGAAACCUCUCAGUUUACCGUUCAAUUUAACAACGAAUCGACCAGUGUAUAAACUUGCUUUAAACACUUGCCUGUUGGCAUCUUUAGUACACUCUAGCGAAUUAUUUGAUCAAGUUUUGUAUUGACUUUUUUUACUCAUUCGUUGCCAGUCUUUCACCAUCACACCGAUUGACUAGGCGGUAGGGAAUUAAGAGCACGCUUCUUUAAAAGAUACUACCGGCUAUAUUUUUGCAUUUAAAAGACUUUCAAAAAAAGUAGCUUUACUCUUGUUAAUUUAUGCAGGAUUUUUAAAGGUCUUAAAAACCAUGUGCAUAAAUGUGAAGAAGUCGUUUUCGCAACCGUCAAUUAGCACUUUAAGACCUGUAAUCUCAUCAAACAUACCUGUUGAAAAUAAUUAUAAAACCUUUCAGAACUUUUUUUCGAUUGAAAACGCAACCUGUAUUCAAUUUGGUGCCAUUUCAAUUGUUUAAGAAAGUCUGCUUAAAAGGAGCCAUGAAAUUUCACCACGAGAAUGAUCUUAGUUUUGAUUGUAUUUUCUGGCAGUGAUAAAUCAAACUGCUGAUAACUUCACUGAUUCAAUAACCCAAAUGCACAGUACAGCAACCGUCAGUGGUUGGAUUGCACCGGUUCGUGAUACCAGUUAAACAAAGUUGAGAUGGACAAACAGUAAGCUUGUGGUCUGCGCGAUUGACUACAAGUCAAGAGGUCUAGGUUGAAGCGCUAAUUGAGUCAUGGUGCUACGUUCUUUGGUUAGAAACUUUACUCACACCACCCGAUGGAUACCAGCAGACUAAGGGGGUCCGGGAAAAACCUAACGAAUUGGCGGGGUGGGGGAGAGUGGAAGUAAGCAAGCUACUAUGAACAGGAUAUCAAGAAAGAGGAUACUCUUAGUCGCUUUAUGCCAUGGAAACCAGUAUAAGCUCCAUCCACCACUUCUAUACGCGACCCGACCCAAACCUCCAUCGCUAUUUUCAUAUGCCGCUACUAUCGUACCGUAUACUAUUUCGCUAUGUUUUACUGACUGAAGGCCUGAAAGAGGCUAAAUGAGCCACUAGCGCUCCUAUUGCUGUCCAUUUGAAAUUUAUAAAACCAAUUCUUUCUUUUCCGCCAGACCUCUUAAACGGACUGCUUUUUAAGACUGGUGUGUGCCUUGACACCGAGGGGAGACGCCUUCAAAUUCGCUGUCCCAACUAACCACCUUUUCUUACCAUUUUUAAUUUUACUCUCAGUUCCAAUCAUAGAAAAACACCCAGAAUCCUGUACAGUUCAGUUGGGAAAAGACUGCAAGCUUUUCUGCCAUGUUACUGGCAAGAAUCUCAAGUAUCGCUGGUACAGAAGAUCUCGAUGCCUGGAGGGGGAGGUUAGUAAUACUCCGACCACUCCUAAGGUCAUUCUAACAAACAUUGGUCACGAUAUUUAAUCAGUUACACGGCCCAUUCAAAAGGAAACAAUACUACGCUUUUCAUAGACUAUCUGGGUAGCUCAGUUAUAAAGCGCCGGACUGCCGUGCGGGAGGUUCAGACCGGGCCUAAAAUAAUUGUGGAGAAUGUGUUGCCUUUGCUAGGACAUUGACGAAUGGUAAGCGUUCUAGUCUUCUAGUAAACCAUACCGUACAGGGGUCGUUAAAGAAUCCACGGACUUCUAGCAAAGAUUUGGGAACUUAGCUACUGGUGUUGUGGUCUGGCCUCGUUUUUGUUUACACAGGCCCCCAUUUAACCAGCUUUAAGCUGAACUGGGCCAGCCUUUCUAAAUAUCGCAAUUACAUACAUACAUACUAACACCAUUCAACACGGUGUUGAUGACUUGAAGGUUAGCGCAGAUGAAAGUAUAUUUUUAACUCUUGGGUGACGAAUGACGCAGAAGAAUGUCCAAAUUGUUAUUGAAUGCUGAUUAAAAUGCAAAAAUCGUUAUCGAAUCUGAUUUGCGCGCAAAUGCCCGUUUUUCUGUCGCUAAUGAAUGUAGCUUCUCGCAAUUGUUCGUCUUUUUCACUUAAAUGAAUGCGUAUUUUCUCGUAGAGAAUAACAAAAGGUGUACAACGGUUAUCAGACAACCACCCACACAAGCGAGUAAAUCGCGGUGUUUGUUAAAGCAAAAAAAAUGGUAAAUCAGCAGGAAAUCCGUAAUUUGAUAAACUUUGUGUACGAAAGUCUCGAGUUUUCCUUUUCCCAACUUUUGUUUCUUAUGCAGAUUUCAAUGAACAUUUCAAUUUUUUUUCGCAUAUCUUGCGUGACAGCGGCUGUUUCUAAGUUUCCUAUGAAAUUUUGUUCGGGAAAGUGCCGCGCAGCCGGCCAAAGCUGGAUCCCCUUGCGCAUGCGUUACGUUUGAUUGCUGCGUUGGAUAUCCCAGUAAGGCUUGAGAUAACUGACAUAUCUAGCGAAUGACAGCCUUGAAAAAUUUAAAGACUACAUUUUUUAAAAAUACUUAAAACCCCGAUAUAACCUAAUGUAAAAGUCCUCCCGGAACUUUUGGAUGUCCUAAAGGGAAAUAUAAGUAAAUUUAGGUCAUUAUCAAAUUUUUCUCUUUUAUUCAAAGAUGUAAUAAGGUCUAUUCUGGCUAACUAUUUAUGCCACUGUUUUUAUUACCAGACCUCUUCAGUACUCCAUAUAAGGAAAGCCGCCAUGAAUGACGCUGGGCAGUACUCAUGCAUCAUAUCGAAUGACAAGGAAUCUGUGAUCACCUGGGCAACCGUUGACGUCAUUUCCGUUAUUUCAUCCCCUAAAGUUAGAUAGCAAAUUAGGAAGCGAAGUUUUGUUUCGGUUUUUCGCGCGAACUUGAAGAUAUAAAUAGGAGCCUUUUUGUAUACAUUCGUCAAUUACUUACUCUUCUUUAAUCGUUUGUCUCCAAGAAUGCCAGGUCAGUUUAGAGUCAAUUUGAUAAAUAAAGUGCAUUUCUGCUGAGUGUCGUGAAACCAGAGUAAUCAGAACAGCCAAUCGGAAGACAGGUAUAUAUCACAAGGAGCCAAUAACAUCGCCAAGAAAAAAGCGCAAGAAUACGCGAGUAAGCAAGUCGUGAUUCACUUUAGCUUUAAGCCUGGUUGCGUUAAAGAAUGGCGCGAGUUUUCUGAACCGAUAACAAAGAGCUACAACUGAAGUAAAGGAAUCCUGGAAUACUUUCGACGCCCUAUUUAAGUACGAACUUGACUCCAUUUCAUAGCAUAGGGAAGCCCGGCUGUGGCACAGUGCAGCCAAUUACUUAAAUACUUAAGAGGAAACAAGUCAAUAGAAAAGUGAAAUAAACGAACAAACCAGGC